ACAGAAGUAUCAAUCGUUUGAAAAAAAGCCAAGAAUUCAACGAAAAACGACCAUAACUACACCGACUACGACUACGACGACGACGACGACGACGACAACGCUUUGAUAAUCGAACUCUGGAUUUCGAGAACAACCUUUCUGUCAUGCGACAGACCAAUUUGUAGAUAAUUUUGUUUUCCGGUUCCAUAGUUUCAUAAAACAUCGAUUCUUCUUCCGGUUGUCGACAUAAAACAAAAAAGAGAAAAAAAAAAAAAACCUAACGGGUAUCAAGUUUCGUCGAUGAAAAGUUUCUUAUUAAUAAAUAAUUGAGUAUGCAUAUGUGCUUCGAGGGCAGGUGAUCAUAUAAGAAGAUAACACAUUUAAAUCUUUAUGCUUAUAACAACUAUAACCAUAAUAUAAUAUAAUAUAAUUUAAUAUAAUAUAAUAUAAAAUAAUCGAAGAGGUGGUUGUGAAUCUUUUCCCUCCGGGUAUACAAUAACGGACGAGAAAAGAGCAGGUACAUCAAAAUGACGAGUAUAGUAACAGAUUUUGUACAUGGCUACCGGGAUCUCAUGGACAAUAAGUCCGAUCCGAGGGUGAACGACUGGGCGAUGAUGAGCAGUCCUUUUCCGACGCUGUUGAUUUGCAUCAGUUAUGCCUAUUUUAGCAAAGCCAUCGGGCCAAGGCUCAUGGAGAACAGAAAACCAUUCGACUUAAGGCACGUCCUUAUUGUCUACAAUUUCGUACAGACAGUUUUCUCAACAUGGAUCUUUUACGAGUACUUGAUGAGCGGCUGGGCGAGAGGAUACAGUCUAAGAUGUCAACCGGUCGAUUAUUCGAACAGCCCCCUCGCCCUCAGGAUGGCAAAUACAUGCUGGUGGUAUUAUUUCAGCAAGUUUACAGAGUUCUUCGAUACGCUUUUCUUCAUCCUGAGGAAGAAAAACCAGCACGUAUCUACUCUUCACGUUAUUCACCACGGUGUUAUGCCUUUCUCCGUCUGGAUGGGGAUGAAGUUUGCUCCCGGUGGUCACAGCACAUUCUUUGCCUUACUAAACACUUUCGUGCAUAUUGUUAUGUACUUCUAUUACAUGGUCGCUGCUAUGGGUCCUCAGUACCAAAAAUACAUUUGGUGGAAAAAGUACCUCACCACCAUGCAAAUGGUCCAGUUCGUCAUGAUAAUGACCCAUCAAUUCCAACUUCUCUUCACCGAAUGCGAUUAUCCGCGCAGUUUUAUGAUCUGGAUCGGUCUCCACGGAGUUCUCUUCCUGGGUCUGUUCUCCGAUUUCUACAAGUCGAAAUACUCGCAUUCGAAAAACACGAAACGAGAAACCAGCCCGAGCAGUGGCUGCAUGCCUGUCCUCGAGGACGAAUCCAAGCCGCAUCAAAAUGGGGUUUCUUCGUAUGCGACAAUUUACAACAAGGAAUACAACAGUUGUUACAGUAACGGAACGAACAAUGGAUACGUCGCAAAUAAUAACACAGAGAAAAAACUGGCCUAAAUCGUCGUUACAAAGAUGUGCCGGAUUUCAUUUGGAAAUUAAAGUGGGAUGGGUUGGGGGGAAAAUACAACAGAAACAUUAAAGAAAAAAACGAAAAACAACAACAACAACAACAAAAUGAUAUAUAUAUAUAUAUGAUUCGUGUGUUCUGCCUAGACGCUCUACAUCUAUGGCCUCAAUUUUUUCUGCUCCAGUGUACAGUCCCUGGCAAAUAAUUUUAGACGAGGAUAAAUAUAAGAGUCGCAUUUCAGUUUUGCUAUCGACUGUACACUAACUAGCGACAAGUUGAAUUAAAUAAGGCCCUAACAGCAAAAUUUAUUAAACGAUUUACAUGAAAACUUUGUGUUCAGUCGUUUGUAGCGAUGGAUUUUGCUUCUUACGAACGUGUAUAGUCAACAGUGUGAGUGUAUAAUAACAGUCGGGAGUAUAGUUAACGUCACUUAAUUAAUGGGCGUGCAAACUAAAUCUUGAGGAUUAGAAUUGGUCACUGAUACAUUUUUAAGUUACCAAACUUAGAAUUGCUUAGGUUUAAUGAAAAAAAAAAAAAAAAAAUCCGCGGCUUUCCGUCUUUUUUUCUUAUUUAUAAAACUAUGUAUGGCGUACUGGUAUUGUUUUAUGGUAUUAUUUUUUAUUCGUGAUUGAUAAAAUCUCUUAGCUGCAAACGUGCAACAAUUGCACAAAUUAUAAUUAAAGUUUUUCAUUUUUCCGUUCUUUUUUUGUUUGUUCACGGUUUACAUGGCAAAUUAAUGGAAUCAGGCGAAUCAUUCGUUAAUCAUGUAGUAGAGAAAUACAUCAUCGAUGAUUGAUUGAUAAGUCUUUCACAAUGUCAACAUUAGAGCCUUUUUUAAUUCGACUUUAUCAUAGAACAAAGUUAUGAUUAAAGCUCGUGUAAAGAAAAAAAGUUAAUUGAUACACGGAAGUUCAUUAGCUACGUAAGUUAUUACUUAAGUAAGGCUUUUUGUUAUUAAUUUUCUACUAGAUAGGAGUGUAUAUGUAUAAAAUUGUUGUGUUUAUCAAAAGCCAAGCAAUCUUUUUUACGUUCUCCAUUCCUGUAAAACGAUUGCUUUUUAUAAAAACAAAAAACAAAGAAAAAUCAUUCGAAUCACUGAAUGUUGAGCACGCGUUUUAAUCUCGCUAAAAAAAUUUCAACACAUAGUCAACCCCGCAUGUACACAGAAUGAAAAAAGGGGGUACCGUUAUUUUAUUAUUAUUAUUAUUAAUUUUUUUUUAAAUAUAUUUUGAAAUCUGAGGCCUUAACGAACAAUCAGUGUUCAUUAGUCCUCAUUUUCUCCUGUCCUGAAAGUUUUUUCUAAAUACAACCGAAGAGGAGAAACUCUCAAAGGCAUUAUGAUCUAUGUGUGUACCGCUUUACCAAAUACCAUAAUUAUCUACAAAGUGCAGUUGAUAAAACAAGCACGUUACGAGUUGAAAUGAUCGUUCCCAUGAAAUCUGGAUGAUAAUUCGAGACUCUAUAAUGAGACGCGUCCAUUUAUUUUCUAGCUUAAAAAAUGUACAAAUUAAUAAAAUUCAUGAAUUGUCAACCAUAAA